AUGUCGCUCCAUACGAGUUCCCUGCCCAAUGUGCACACCCGUCUACAGCGACUGAUUGUGCAAUGUUCAAAUAACACAGGAGGCAUGAAAGUUCGAUUGACCAAACUGGAAAUUAACGGUGAACCCAUUUUCCUGAAACGACGUGUAAUUCCCUACUACCAACGUGAUGGUGUACUGCAGGUCUUUGAGAAAAUGGAGCGCGAUGGCAUAAUCACACGAAUCACAUCCAGUACGUGGGCAACCCCAAUCGUGAUCGCAAUCAAGAGUGACGGCAAAACACCGCGAGUUUUGCCGACUACCGCUUAA